AUCGGACAAGUCGCGUGGUUUGGCAACCCUGUCAGUUCCACUGUUGUCUUUAAUAGGUGUUAAACAGUGUCAUUAAAAAGUAUUAUUUUUAUGGCACAUAAAUUUAAUUCAUCGGUUUUCUGCUUCCUUAUCAAACUUAAGAAUAGUACGUGACUGGAUCAGUUACGCAGGGACGCAAAACAUUUGCUUUAACAAUUUGUAUAUGUACUGCAUGUCUUUAACGUUCACUUUGCUAAAUAAGCUAGGAUAUUUUUAAACUGAAAUGAAUAUUAGUACAUGAAGCUCAGCUGAAACAGGAAGAGAAUGGCUGAAGGUAAUGAACGUUUUCUUGAAAACCGGAAAGGUGAUCUAGAAGAACUCGAACAUAUGUGUAAAUACGAAAAUGACGAUGACAAUGAGUUAUUUCGUUCGUUAGAGAUAAAACAUGCGGAUGACUUUGGUCCAGAAAAUAUUAGUGUCCCCGGUGUAAGAAGUACGCCAGAAGAAACGUUACUGAAGAAAGAAUGUAGAUCGAAGCGACGCACGGUUUCUUCUACAGGAUAUAAGGCAGAAAACCAGUGCAUAGAUGAAAACAGUGUAAGUGGUUCAUCAACAUUUGAUGGAAGUCGUUCUGUAAUGACUAGACAGGAAGUUCAAAACGCAAAGGAUUCGUGCGCAAAUGCAUCUCAUUCUGAUAAACAAUCUCCCAGCAAACGAAUUCAUCAGAGUUUUAAUUCUAGUUCAGACGAUUACAUUCCGGAAGAUUCUUAUUCCGCUGACUUAGGCACAGCUUCUGCCACAACAAUUUAUAACAGAAAAGGUGAAAAUGCACAUCAGGUAUUACCUGACGCAUGGAGUUCACGCGCAGCAAAAGAAACAUCACUAGAGAGAAGCACUUCCUGUACUGACGAAUGUCCAAUCCACGUGGAAGAAAUACUAAAAUACAUGUGCAUGUCUUGUCAUAAACCAGUCUGCCAAGUUUGUUUGAAUAUUGAACACAAGAAUUGUAGUUCCCGCGAAUUUAUUCCUUCUUUAGUAUCAAAGCCGGAAUUCUUUUUCGAAGAUAAAUGUAAAAAGUUUGAAGAAGAGUUGGACCAGUUACAAAAACGUUUAAAGUUAAGCAUUGGAAAAGUCUCCUUGAACUCAAAGGCUUGUGAAAGAAUGAGGGUCAAAGCUAAAUCUGAAUUCAAGAAACAACGAGACGAAAUUACUAAAAAGUUUGAUUGUCUGGAACAAGAUUUUGACACAAAACUCUUGAAAAUCGAAAGUAGUGACAAAGAAAAAUUGCAAAAACUCAUGUCAAGGCAAGUGAAAAUUGAACAAGUGUUGCAAGAGCAUUUGGAAGACUAUUACCAACGUAAAAAUGCGGGAAAUGCGUCACGUGUAUUUACUAAAAUAGAAAUGUCAAGAAAAAUUACUGAGGACAUGAAAAAUGAAUUGUCAGAUGUUGAAAGGGAAAAUUCAAUAGAACGAUAUGUCUACAAGCCAGCGAAAGAAGUUACGGAAUUUACUAAGAAUAUCUCAGAGUUAGGGAGCGUAGAAAACGUCGAUUCUAAAACCAAAAGAACAGUAUCAGGUGUUAAUGCGAUCCGAAUGAAAACAGAUGGAGACCAACAUGCAUGUAAAAUCAGUGGCUUGGUCCUUUUGUCAGAGAGCCAUCUGUUGGCAGUAGAUUAUGGCAAUUCUUCGCUUAAGAUUGUUGACGGAGAUAAUGACGUAACCAGUAUACCUGUAACGCCCGCGCCGUUUGACGUCACACUGGUGAGCGACCAAGAACGCACGCAUGACCAAGAUAGAGUAAGUGGACAAAUUGUUCUGACGCUGCCAAAAGAAAACAAAUUGCGUUUUAUGGAAUAUGUUUUGCCUGAUUCUUUUACAUUCAAACAAGAUGUUGAAACUAAUGGGCAAUGCCGAGGUAUAACCUACAGCAAUGAUAAACUGUAUGUUACAUUUCCUUCUCAAGGCAAGAUUGAAAUCAUUGAUUUGCAAGGCGAGCUGUUGAAAAGAAUUACAACCGAAACAAUUGGGCAAUUAUUUCAACCCCAGUUCAUUGCUAUGGAGAAAGAAGGGUACACGAUUUUUAUUUCUGACAAGGAAACCCAUUCUGUUUUCAGCAUGACAACGGAAGGAGAUGUUACGGCCAUUUUUACCGACCAUGACCUUAUAGAACCACGUAGUUUGUGUGUCAACCAGACCGGUGCAGUUUUCGUAUGCAGUUUUGCUACCCAUAAAAUUUAUCAUUUGUCUGAAGAGUGUGAUCUGAUAUCAACCAUGGGUGUAGCAGACGACAACAAUAUGGCGCCGUUUCCGUUCAGUAUUGCGUAUUGUGAUAAGAGGGAUACACUCUAUGUUGGACAGUUUACAAAGGACUCUAUAAAAUCUUACAAACUUUUGUAAGUAAUAGAACGAAUACGUAAGUUCCUUGGAUAUGAUACUAGAACUCUUGAAAUAGAUCAGAGCUAGUGAUGAAUAUGGUUCAAGCAAGGGUUAUGGGACCAGCGAAUAACACACUAAUGAUGCUUUUGAUCGAUUUGUCGUUUAGAACCAUGCUUUUUUGUGAGAAAAAUCUACGAAACACUGACUAUAACAAAAAGAAACUGAAGAAAAUAAUAUGAGCCGCGCCAUGGGAAAACCAACAUAGUGGGUUUGUGACCAGCAUGGAUCCAGACCAGUCUGCGCAUCCGCGCAGUCUGGUCAGAUUCCAUGCUGUUCGCUAACAUUUUCUAUAAUUACAAUAGGCUUUGAAAUCGAACAGCAUGGAUCCUGGCCAGACUGCGCGGAUGCGCAGGCUGGUCUGAAUCCAUGCUGGUCGCAAACCCACUAUGUUGGUUUUCUCAUGGCGCGGCUCAAUUAUGGCAGUGAAGUGAAUGAAGCCCGAAGAUCUUGUAUCUAUUUGAUAACGAUUGGACUGAUUACCUAUUGUCCUUUAGACCUUUGUAUUAUUUAGUAUGCUCUUGUAAAUUACUCUGCCUUAGUCAAGCUUUGUUGAUACCUUUGGUUAACCAGGGUGUUAAAAUUCUGUACAUUAACUGGUAGCUAUCAAUACUUUUUGUUUGAUAGCCCGAAAAUUUUAGUUUAUUUGGCAAUGACCGUUUUGGAUUAUUUGCUAAGUGCUUGUAUACUACAGUUAACAGUUGGGAUGGAAUGCUUAAAUUAAUAUAGGGUUUCAUAGUUCUAGCCAUACGCAUAUGUUGUUACAGAUUUUGUUCUGUAAAAUAGCAAUUAUCAUCACUCAUUUUUACUCAUUUUUCUCAUUUUUUUUAAUUCAGAAGAUAAAGCUAUUUUAACUGGGAAUUAUUCUCCCUUUAAUUAUUGCAACAUAACAAUCAUAAAAAGAAGUCAAUCAAUUUUUAUUAACUUGCAAAAAAAAAUCUUAUUAAUUGCAUUUUAUCUUUUAAAAUUAUUUUAAGUGUCUGAUUCUUAACAUCCUUUAAUUAGCAGUUUACUGUUAGUCUAUAUCAUUAGUGUUUGAGCGUAGGUCGGCGACGAACUUGUUUAUAGUUCGUACAUUCUUGUGUCUGACAGAUUUCAAAAAAAAGAGUACAUCACCUCUUAAACUAACUUCGUUUUUUCUUUUCAUGUCGCAGCGUAGAAUAAUAUUGUAUCCUCCUUUUAGAUUUUUUUUUUAUAUAUAUGUUUGCUCGUUUUGUUUAUCUACAUGUAUAUGGUUUACAUUAAUGUUUUUGUUAAUGUAAAAUUCUUUAAUUUUUGUUUGUGUUGAAUUUGAAAUUGUAUUUCUUUUUACAAUGUAUUCUGUGAAGCUAUUUUGAACUUGUACAUGUGCAUGAAACUAUAUAAAUAUGGUGUAAUACAUGUAGGCCUAUAAUGAUAGUAAUGAUAAUAGCUGUUAGGAUUCCACGUUGAUUGACCGGUCCAGUUUGGUAAUGGCUAUUCCAUGUUAUAUUUGUUUGGACCGUUUCGUGUUUUUCUGAUGUAACUAUAUGCUUAUUUCUUGUUGUCUUUGGGAAUGUUGAAAAGUGUACUGAUGUUAAACAUUCUGUAAUGGA